AUGAUAGCACCAAGAUCUAUCUUGGCAAACUAUAGCUCUGUAAAAUAUAAUAAUAAUAAUCAUCAUUCAACAACUUCAUUUCAAUAUAAUAAUAAGAAUCAACAACAUAAUAAUAUAUCAUACUAUGCAACUAGUACUAGUACUAGUACAACAACAAAGAAAGAUGGAAUGUUUGAAAACUUGGACUCUAAACAAUCGAUGAUUAAAGAGGUAGAGAACCCUUCAGAGGGAGACUUGUACAAUUUGCGAUUCCAAAACAUCUUGCACUUUAUGGAAAAGGUGUCGGCCGGUAUGACAGAGGAAGAGAUCAAGACGGUGUUUCCCGAGUUUACAAUGAAGCAGAGCAAGGUGUUGUCGCAGCCACAACCACUCGAUUGGCUGUCGGACGAGUUGCAAAGUGCCAUCACGAACCGUGACUAUGCCAAACUCAACCCCUACCACUACAUAUGGCCCGCAUCAUCAAUCUUGACCAAACUGCGAGUACGAUGGUCAACAUGGCGUGAGAUCAUAGCAUUGGAUCGCUCCAAACUCGAAAAGAAACUGAUUGCAGAGUUUCACAAAUUCUGGUCGACCGUAGAGAACUGUGAUCAGGCCAAACUCGAAGAGUAUAGAAAGAACGGUACACAAUUCCCAAUUGAAAAGUUUAGAGACCUCUUUCACACUUUUAAAAAGGAGGGUAUUGACUAUGAGUUUGUCUAUGAGGAUGUACAAGUCAUCUUUUCAGAGAACCGUGUCACUAUCCCCUAUGUCACUGUCAAGGCACAUUAUUUUGUCAAGGCGUCGUUCCGUGUACCCGGUGGUGGUGUUGGUAUGGACAAGUCUAUCCCCGUCAACUUUUACGUACCCAUUCAUUGGGGUGCUAUCCUUCCCGCCUAUGAGUCGCCCGAAAGCGCACCCGAAGAAAUCGACUUUGACAAAGUACUCGAAUGGAAACCAAUGAAACUACCAAUGGUCGGUAAAAUCGAUGAACUAGCAGCCGAGAAACGUCAACUCUUCCAAGACUACACCGAACAGUAUUUUGAACAAGUUCGUUCCAAUCUCGAUAUUUAUCUUGCCAAAAAGUAUGAUCCCAAAACAACAUCAACAACAGAUCAACCACAACAACAACAAGAUAAAGAUAAAUCAUCAUCUAAAUCAAAAAAUGCAGGCCAUUAUUCAGUCGUGUUUUGCAAAGAUGGUUUUGAAAUGUCCGGGGGAGCUAGUAAGAGAAAAUCCAACUUUAUGGAAAAAGCCACCAAGCUUUUCUCCACCUACAACAAGAUGAUCAUUGCUCACGCUGAUUUUGUCGGAUCCAACCAACUCCAAAAGAUCCGUGUUGCUCUCCGUGGCAAGGGUGCCAUGUUGAUGGGUAAGAAGACCCUCGUCCGUAAGUGUGUCAAGUCUGUCAUGGAAUCCAAGCCAGAGCUCGAAUCUUUGAUCCCACAUCUCAAGUCCAACACUGCCGUCAUCUUUGCCAAGGACUCCCUCAGUGAAAUCAAGGAGAUCAUCAAGAAGAUCCGUGUCGGUGCCCCAGCCAAGGCUGGUGUUAUCGCCCCACAAGACGUCCACGUCCCAAAGGGUCCAACCGGUCUCGAACCAACCCAAGUCAACUUCUUGCAAGAGCUCAAGAUCGCCACCAAGAUCAACAGAGGUCAAAUCGAUAUUGAAUCUGACAUCCAUCUCAUCAAGACUGGUCAAAAGGUCGGUGCCUCCGAAGCCACCCUCCUCCAAAAGCUCAACAUCAAGCCAUUCACCUACGGUCUUGAGCCAUUGAUCGUCUACGACGAAGGAGCCUGUUACUCCCCAUCCAUCUCUGAAGAGGAUCUCAUCACCAAGUUCAAGUCUGGUGUUGCCAACAUUGCCGGUAUCUCCCUCGCCAUCGGAUACCCAACCGUUGCCUCUGUCCCACACUCUGUCAUGGACGCCUACAAGUCGCUCCUUGCUAUUGCUCUCACCACCGAGAUCACCUUCCCAGCUGCCGACAAGUUCAAGGCUGCUCUCUCUGCCGCCCCAGUUGCUGCCGCUCCAGUCGCUGCUGCCCCAGCCGCCGCCUCUGCCCCAGCCGCCAAGGUCAAGGAAGAACCAAAGGAAGAGUCUGAUGACGAUAUGGGUAUGGGUCUCUUUGACUAA